GUCACAAGGUGAGAUUUGGCAAGAUGGACGUACGCUGGUAGAUAAACAAGAGCAAUAAAUUCAUGGGACUAAACUUUAUUUUUUCAAUAUCUUCUAAAAAAAGUAUUUCUCGCGACCAGCGUAGUGGCAAAUUAUUUUUUAUUUUGCCAAGACCACUUAAUGAAAUAAUAAAAUCAUUAAUGGUAUCAUUAAUUUGAUUAUGCUAUCAAUGGUACACAUGGUACAGUGGAUAGGAAUAGUCAAGUGGACAUUUUCGUUCUUCCUGUCAAACUUUAUGUCAAAUAUUGAGUAACUAUAAACGUUAUCUCGACAACUGACAAUUUAUAAUCUAGGGAAGCUGUGACUAACCUCAAAAUGGCCGAGGAUAUUGUUGGCGAGGAGCAGUUAAUCCAAAAACACAAAAAAGAACGAAAGGACUUACAAGCCCAAAUCCAGUCCCUGAAGAAGACGAUAUGCAAGGGCAACAAGAAGCAAAAGAAGGAAGUCACCGAGGAAAUAGUUCGACUCGAGUCAGAUUUGGAUCAAAAGCAGGAUGAAGAAAUGGCGAAUUUCAAACUCUCCCAAGUAAAAAUAAAAAUAGAUGACGGAGGAAAAGAUUCAGACCCUGAAGAAGACACAGAACAGGCCGAAAGUGAAAGUACAGAGGAGAGUCGUCAGCCUCAGCGAGUUUCGAAAGCAAAAAGAAGACGAGAGAAAAAAGCAAGUGAAGAAAAGGAACGAAAUCGGAGAAUAAUCGAGGAGGAAGCGGAGAAUAUCUUCGGAAAAAGGAACAUGGAGCUGAUAGCUAUCAGAAAAAUCCUCGUGAAACGUGACCUCGUGAUUCACGAAAUUCCGAGUGAUGGUCACUGUCUUUAUAACGCGGUGGCCCAUCAACUAACUCUUUUAGGAUUGUCUCCUUUCGGAUUCCAGGAUCUGCGAUCAAAAACUGCCGUUUACAUGAGAGAGAAUAUGAGCGACUUUCUACCUUUUAUUACAAGUUCGAAAUCCGAAGAUUUACUCUCUCCAGAAGAAUAUGAAAAAUAUUGCGACAAUGUUGCCGAAACUUCCGCCUGGGGUGGAGCCGUUGAGCUCCAAGUCCUGUCUAAAAUCCUGGAAUGUCCAAUCGAGGUGAUUCAAGCCACAGGAGUUCCGUAUAUCGUAGGGGAUGAAUACGAAGGCAUCAAAAAAAUAGUACUGACUUAUCACCGACACAUGUACGAAUUAGGCGCGCAUUAUAAUUCUGUUAAAAAAUUCGUCGCUAUUCAUUAAACCCGAGAUUUUCAUUUCUACGAGAUUACCUGUUUUUACUCCUUCAUGUAUCAAUUAACUGUUUCACGAAAUAAAGUGACCCUUAUUUA